UGUAGAGAGAGAGAGAGUGAGAGACUCUCCAGAGUGACGAGGGUUUUUUUUAGAGAGGGAAAGAGAGGAAGGGGACAGAGACCACCAUAUGGGUCAGAUCGUGAGGAGGAGGAAGAAAGGCCGGCCAUCCAAGGCAGAUCUGGCUCGCCGGAACGGCGAUUCGCCGGCCGAGGAGAGGGACGUCCGGAGAAGUCUCCGGCGCCGGAAUGUGAAGUACACCAUAGACUACGACGACUACUUGGACUCCGACUCCGACGACGAUGAGGAAGACGAGGAGAUUAUGAUUCAGAAGAAGCUCAAGCUCAUGGCCAAGCUCCAUCCCGACCCCCCUCCACCACCGGCGCGUGUCUCCCACGCGCCGGAGUCCUCGUCGGAAUCCGAGGACGACAGGAGGAAGCCGCCGCCGCCGCUGCUGAAGAAGCGGCCGAUCAGUAAAGAAGAAGACGAAGAUUACGAAGAAAAUGACGGCGGUGAUGACGACGAUGACGUUGAGGAACGGGGCCGGAAAGCAGCGCACUCCAUGCAACUCAGUUCCCCUCCAGGAACGCCGUCGGAUCAUCAUCAGUCUGUCACUCCGUUGCCGGACAAGAAGACGUUGGAGUUGAUCCUCGACAAGCUUCAGAAGAAAGAUAUUUAUGGCGUGUAUGCGGAACCUGUUGAUCCUGAAGAGCUUCCUGACUAUCAUGAUGUCAUUGAUCAUCCCAUGGAUUUCGCGACAGUGAGGAAGCAAUUAGCAAAUGGAGCAUAUUCCACACUGGAACAAUUUGAGAGUGAUGUCUUUUUAAUAUGUUCAAAUGCAAUGCAAUACAAUUCACCUGAGACGAUAUACCAUAAACAGGCAUCUUCUAUACAAGAGCUAGGACGGAGAAAAUUUGAGAGGUUAAGAAUUGACUUUGAACGAUCAGAGAAGGAGGUCAUAUCAGUGCAGAAACCAAAGCCUAGUUCCUUGUUAAAAAAACAGAUAAAGAAGCCUCUGCCCCGAACUUUACUGGAACCCAUUGGCUCUGACUUCUCCUCAGGUGCCACUCUUGCCACUGUUGCAGAAGUUCUGAACAGUUCCAUUCCAACCCAAGGAACUGGUUAUGAGAAACCUAGCAAUGUUGAUGGGCAUGUAGAGGGUAAUUCAUCUUUGAAUGAAGCUCAUUUAGAGAAGGCAGAAGAAAUGCUAUCAGGGAAGAGUUUGUCAUCUAAAGUUGGGAAGAAGCCAUCUGUGCUUGAUGACAAUCGUCGUGCAACCUAUAACAUAUCCAGUGAGCCUGGGAUCAUGUCAGAAUCAAUAUUUACAACGUUCGAGGGUGAAACCAAGCAGUUUGUUGCAGUCGGGCUUCAUGCAGAAUAUUCAUAUGCCAGGAGCCUGGCUCGGUUUUCUGGAAGUCUUGGACCAGUUGCUUGGAAAGUUGCAUCGAAGAGGAUCGAACAAGCCUUACCUGAUGGUUGUAAAUAUGGUCGUGGAUGGGUCGAAGAAUAUGAGCCGCUUCCAACCCCUGUACUGAUGGUGGACAAAGGUAUCCCAAGUCAAUCUGCUUUGGCUCCAAAAUUCUUUUUACACAAUGAACCAAGAAAGGACAUUAGAACUUUAAGGACUUCGAUUCCUGCUAAGGAGCACUCUGUUACUAAGCCUGUUAUUGAAGAGAGACAGCAAUGUGUUAGCGUGCCUACUUCAGCAGGGAAACCGUCGUUUUUGGUUUCUUCUAGGGGUCAUUACUCAGAAGAUAAACCGCCUGUUGGUAGUUCUGUCGGAGAAAAAGGUGGUAAUGCAGUUAAUGCCAUUUUCAACCAGAAAAAUCCAUUGUCAAGAUUUAUUGAGAGUGGGAAACAGGCCCCACAGAAAGUUGAGUUGAACUCUGUACCCACAGUUAAUCAAAAUAAUGCUAACCUUGUUCCAGAAAAGCAAUUACCAAGAAAUGCAGAGCCAGCAGCUUCAAGGUCCAGAGGUACAGCAUCGAGAAACAUAAAUCUUCCGCAGCCUGUACCUUCUAAGAUGCCAGAUUCUAAUGGUGUUGUUACCUCAUGGUUGCCUAAUGGGAAAGGUGUAAGUGCUAGUAUGGAAAAUCGGAUGAUUGGUUCUUCUGAUAGGGCUCCUAGCCGAAUGGAAAGAACUGAAGCUUACUUUCCUCAUGCACAGGAGCAGGGUCUUAGUGACCCAGUGCAAUUAAUGAAAAAGUUGGCGGAAAAGACGCAAAAGCAACAGAAAUCAUUAACUGAAUCGUCAACUGAUACUAAACAUGUUGUAACUUCAGUUCCAUCAACGAGAAGAGAUGAUCCAAGCAAUGCUGCAGCAGCCGCUGCGCGUGCUUGGAUGUCUAUUGGGGGUGGAGCGUUUAACCAGCCAAGAGAGAAUCCUAAUGUUCCCAAAAGUCAGAUCUAUGCAGAUUCCUUGUAUAACCCAUCCCGAGAGUUUCGUCCACAAAUUUCAAGAGUUCGGGGGGAAGCUCCUAAUUCUGGUGCAAUGCAAUUUCAGUCUGAGAACAGUUUUUCAUUUCCAACUUUUUUACCACGACCUGUUCAUAUGGUGAAUGAACCACAGUUCCAAAAUCGGCCUAUAUUUUUCCCUCAGUUAGCAGCAGCUGAUUUGUCUAGGUUUCAGGUGCCGCCCCCUUGGAGGGGUCAUAGUCCUUGUGCCCAGCCAAGACAGAAACAGGAAUGUCUUCCUCCAGAUUUAAAUAUUGGUUUCCAGUCCCCAGGGUCUCCAGUGAAACAGUCAUCUGGUGUUCUGGACUCUCAGCAGCCAGACCUGGCUUUGCAACUCUGAGUGCAGUGGGAGGAACUCAACAAAUAGAGUAACAUAGCUGAGACACAUCUUCUGAUCUUGUUAUGACAGAACAGUGGCGUUUAUCCAUUUUUGACCUCGAAUGUGAAGUAUCCGAAGAUGAGAUGAAGGUAUGUGUUUGCUUAAAAUGGAUACUUCACAUUUUUGACCUCAAACUUGGAGGAUAGAUGGCUUUAACAGAAGUCCUGUUCUGGCAUUACUAGGUGAGGAUUACUGACUGGCAGAAGCACACAAUUGGGAGCUAAUAUAAUGGAAUAGAUGAUUCACUUUGUGAUCAUGACAGAGCUUAGGAGUUGUUAAAACAACAUAAUUGCAUAAAUGUAGCGAGGCCUUGUACAUUGUUACGGGUUGAUGAGAAGUAGGUUGUUUAGAUUUUACUCUUAUUGUAUGCCUGUUCAUGUAAUUGCGCUGAGAAUUGUUCUCUAUACCACUACUAUUAUAAUGUACAUGGUGCGCCACUGCACUAUCAUUGUCUCUUC